CUUUUGCGACCUUCUGACAAGCAAAGUCCAUGUGGGGAGCCGCAUUCACUUAACAACUGGGUUACUAGCUUAUCAACUUCCGUGAUUUGUUUUACAACGGAGGCAAGAAAGAUCGUUAAACAGGGCAACACUCUCUUAACCCGUGUCUCCCUUAACAGCAGAAAUCUUGGCCGCAAUUGUGGUUGUAAGUAGAGGACGACCUGUAUUCAUACAUCAACUGUCUCGCUUAGGCCUGAAAAUUUGGGGCUCCCUUGUCAUAAGCCGAGGACUUCCAGCAAAGGUGACACCUGUUUGCAUAGGACGUGUAUGUAUAAUUCUCCUUCUCCCGCCAGGUAGCCGAGGGAUGUCCUGCAGAAGAUGCUCCAUUGCCACCAGUCUAUGCACCUCCUUCCUCUCCUACCCCACAGAUGGCCCAUCAGCCACCUCUCCAACCUCUGGACGAGCCCACCUCCUGUCCAGAGGGAUCCCCCAGCAGCACGACUCACAAGGAGACCCCGAACGGUGAACCCCAUUUCUGCGUAGGCUUCACUGGUCUCCCUUGCAGGAGCAGAAACCUUGGGCAGAAGAACGCCAGGCGCAAAAGGGAUCUGGUCUUAUCUAAAUUGGUCCACAACGUUCACAACCAUGUCGCCAACGAAAAACGCUUUGACGGUGCGGAAAGCAUUAAAUCAUCCUGGAAUAUUUCCGUAGUGAAGUUUUUGCUGGAAAAACUCAAACACGAAUUGGUCUCCAAUCACCAUAAUUAUACCGAUAAGGAACUCAAAGGUGCUUGCGUGGCCUACUUCCUGACCAAGCGGCGUGAAUAUCGGAAUUCUCUUAAUCCGUUCAAAGGGCUUAAGGAGAAAGAGGAGAAGAAAUUACGCAGCAGGCGGUAUCGGCUCUUCGCCAACCGUUCGGGGGUGGCCCAGUUGUUGGGCUCGGAGGAGCAGCGUCUGUGGCGAGGGGUCACCGAAGAACUGAUGUCGGACGAGGAAGACAGCGCCCGCGAAGCUGGCGUGUGGGUGGCGCGGCCGCCCCGCUUCCGAGCGACGCCGCUCAGCCAGCUGUGCUACCGUCUGGACGCCAACUCCAAGCACGGCACCAAAGCCAACCGCGUGUACGGGCCGCCCUCCGAACGCCUCCCCUCUGCCGAAGUUCAGCUUCUGCCCCCGCAGCUCUACAAUCCCCACUUCCAGGAGGAAGACCCCAAAAUGGGCACCCCGGCCCACGUACCCCCCCACAAAGCUUUCAGCACCGAACUCAGCUCCUUUGUGGAGAUCAAAGUAGAAAAGGACCAGUAAGGACCUUCGGCUCCAUUGUACGAUGGCCCGCUGAAUAAAACACCAGGAAGGGAGCUGGGUUGCAUACAGGUCAUCCUCGACUUAUAACCGUUUGUUUAGCGACCGUUCAAAGUGACCUGGGCCCUGAAAAAAAGCGACUUGCCUCUAAAUUUUGAUCAGCUGGCUGUGGAGAUGUUUAUAGCAAUAGCAAUAGCAGUUAGACUUAUAUACC